AAGACGAAAAUGGCGGACUGAGUGGCUGUGGCUUUUUCGGAGCAGUUUCGAAUUUAUUCACAGCCUAAAUAGCAACAAAUACCUCAUUUGUAUUUCUAAAGGCCACGAAUUUGAGUUUGGAGCGAUGGCGUGUUAUCUGAAGUGAAGAUUGAAGACGUGAUAGAAGAUGGACGACUACUGCUAUGCUAAGAUGGCGACGUCCGCUAAAAGAGAACAUGAAAGAGAAUCAGCGCCGGAGAAAAAGACGAAAUAUGAAGAUGUUCAGCAGCUGAUUGGUCAUCCAGAAGGGGGGAGCUCCACUUUGAAGCAGGAGACUCCACAACCACCCUGCAUUAAAAAGGAAGAGGAGGAACUCUGCAUCACUCAGGAGGGAGAGUGUCUUCUAGGACGAGAGGAAGCUGAUCUCACCAAGUUGCCACUGACUGUUGUCUCUGUGAAGACUGAAGAAGAUGAAGAGAAACCACAAGUAGACAACCUCUUAGCUCCACUAUCAGAUAGUGAGCCUGAAGACGAGGUUGAAGAACCUUUGAGCAGCGAUACAGACUGUGAAGGUGAUAUGAGGACUCACACGGACAUCAAACACUCUGAACCCUCUAAAAAGAAGAGAGACGUCCAGCAGCUGAUUGGUCAUCCAGAAGUACUUCCCCCUCAGUCAGGGGGGAGCUCCACUUUGAAACAUGAGACUCCGAAUCCACCCCACAUUAAAAAGGAAGAGGAGGAACUCUGGAUCACACAAGAGGAGGCUGAUCUCACCAAGUUGCCACUGACUGUUGUCUCUGUGAAGACUGAAGAUGAUGAAGAGAAACCACAAGUAGACAACCUCUUAGCUCCACUAUCAGAUAGUGACACUGAAUAUGAUGUUGAAGAACCUUUGAGCAGCGAUACAGACUGUGAAGGUGAUAUGAGGACUCACACUGACAACAAACACUCUGAAUGCUCUACAAAGAAGAAAAGCAAAACAGGUUUGAGCUGCUCAGUUUGUGCUGAAAGUUUUACUAAAGGGAGUCUCUUGACUCAACACAUGAGAACGCACACAGGGAAAAAAAAAUUUAAUUGCUCAGAUUGCGGUAAAAUCUUUGUUUCCAGACAAUGUUUAACACGGCACAUGAGAACACACACUGGACUCAAACCAUAUAAUUGUUUAGUUUGUGGUAAAAGCUUUACUAGAAACACCUACAUGACUCAACACAUGAGAACACACACAGGGGAGAAACCAUUUAACUGUUCAAUUUGCGGUAAAAGAUUUUCUCGAAACAGCUACUUGACUCCACACAUGAGAACGCACACAGGCGAGAAACCAUUUACCUGUUCAGUUUGUGGUAAAAAGUUUUCUAUUAAUAACCGUUUGACUGAACACAUGCGAACGCACACAGGAGAAAAAACAUUUAGUUGCUCAGUUUGUGGUAAAAUCUUUGUUUCCAGACAAGGUUUGACUCGACACCUAAUGACGCACAGUGGACUGAAACCAUUUAAUUGUUCAGUUUGCGGCAAAGGAUUUUCUCGAAAUAGCUAUUUGACUCAACACAUGAGAUUACACACAGGAGAAAAAACUUUUAACUGUUCGAUUUGUGGUAAAGGCUUUUCUUUCAAGAGCAAUUUGACUGAACACAUGAAAAAACACAGCAAAGAAAGGACAUUUAGUUGUUCAGUCUGCGGCAAAAGAUUCCACCGUAAUGCAGACGCAGUAAAACACAUAAGAACACACAAGAGAAAAUAACCAAUUAGCUGUUUAGUUUGUGGCAUGUUGCUCAUAUGUGGCGACAUCCACCCAAACCCAGGACCUCCUCAAAAUAAGUUCACUGCUUCUUCCACAAAUAUUUGCGGUAUUUGAACAAAUUGGGAUUAUCUGGAGCAUAAUCUUGUCUUCUGUGUAUCUGAAACUUUCCUGAAUAGUAAAAUAGAUUAUGCUUGUAGUGCUUGGUUACUUCUUUUCAGACCUGAUGAGUCUAGCUGGGGAGGAACUGUAGUCUUCUUCAGUGAUGCUUUUACCGCCUCCAGAAUGUCUGACUUUGAACACCAACAACAUGAAUUGAAUAGCCUGAGGCCUCAUUGUGUGGCAAAACAACAAAAAAAUGUUGUACGCACAAAAACUGUAGAUGUACUAAAGUGUGUGCACGGAUUAAUCAACGAUCAUCAAUCAAUGUGAAAUUGACACUCCGUGUCCACGCCCCCGUUUAAUUAAAUCAUAUUUAAAUUAGCCAUGCGUCUGAGAUCUCCCACUCUGCACAGUCAGAAAACACAAAAAUAAUGAGCAAGACGGUGAAAAAGGAGAAUUUCACCGACAGUGAGUUGGAGCCUUCCCGGUAAGGUAUAUUCAGGUGUGCAGGAGAGGAGGCUACGCCGGAUAGUCGAACCUCGGAUUCAGGAGGAACAGUGUGGUUUUCGUCCUGGUCGUGGAACUGUGGACCAGCUCUAUACUCUCGGCAGGGUCCUUGAGGGUGCAUGGAAGUUUGCCCAACCAGUCUACAUGUGUUUUGUGGACUUGGAGAAGGCAUUCGACCGUGUCCCUCUGGAAGUCCUGUGGGGAGUGCUCAGAGAGUAUGGGGUAUCGGACUGUCUGAUUGUGGCGGUCCGCUCCCUGUAUAAUCAGUGUCAGAGCUGGGUCCGCAUUGCCGGCAGUAAGUCGGACACUUUUCCAGUGAGGGUUGGACUCCGCCAAGGCUGCCCUUUGUCACCGAUCCUGUUCAUAACUUUUAUGGACAGAAUUUCUAGGCGCAGUCAAGGCGUUGAGGCGAUCCGGUUUGGUGGCUGCAGGAUUAGGUCUCUGCUUUUUGCAGAUGAUGUGGUCCUGAUGGCUUCAUCUGGCCAGGAUCUUCAACUCUCACUGGAUCGGUUCGCAGCCGAGUGUGAAGCGACCGGGAUGAGAAUCAGCACCUCCAAGUCCGAGUCCAUGGUUCUCGCCCGGAAAAAGGUGGAAUGCCAUCUCCGGGUUGGGGAGGAGACCCUGCCCCAAGUGGAGGAGUUCAAGUACCUAGGAGUCUUGUUCACGGGUGAGGGAAGAGUGGAUCGUGAGAUCAACAGGCGGAUCGGUACGGCGUCUUCAGUAAUGCGGACGCUGUAUCGAUCCGUUGUGGUGAAGAAGGAGCUGAGCCGGAAGGCAAAGCUCUCAAUUUACCGGUCGAUCUACGUUCCCAUCCUCACCUAUGGUCAUGAGCUUUGGGUUAUGACCGAAAGGACAAGAUCACGGGUACAAGCGGCCGAAAUGAAUUUCCUCCCUUAGAGAUAGAGUGAGAAGCUCUGCCAUCCGGGGGGAGCUCAAAGUAAAGCCGCUGCUCCUCCGCAUCGAGAGGAGCCAGAUGAGGUGGUUCGGGCAUCUGGUCAGGAUGCCACCCGAACGCCUCCCUAGGGAGGUGUUUAGGGCACGUCCGACCAGUAGGAGGCCACGGGGAAGACCCAGGACACGUUAGGAAGACUAUGUCUCCCGGCUGGCCUGGGAACGCCUCGGGAUCCCUGGGCUUCCCUGCUUAGGCUGCUGCCCCGCGUCCCGACCUCGAAUAAGCGGAAGAAGAUGGAUGGAUGAGUUGGAGGUGUUUCUUGCUGGAGUGUAAAAAUGUGGUCUAUUCCACUUUUGUUGCAAGUUAGUGAGACACAUAUGCUCAAUGUGCAUCACAGAGAUGAAUGUUAGGACAAUGACAUACAUAAAUGUAGUCACCAAGAAGCCAGCCAUCACACACAAUGCCAGCUUGUAGUCUGUUCCCAACCAUGCUGUUACUUACAAUGUAAGAAUCAUGUGUUGAACCAGGACACAUCACUACAAUGUUGUUCAUUGCAUUUGCACAUCACAUAUGAUCUGUACAUUGAUCCUAUUAAAUAUGUUUCCUGUUUAAAUUUACAUAAUCAUCAUGUGAUGGUGCUUUUAUAGCAAUGUGUGUGCAGUCAGUGGCUCACAUUAGGAAAAACGCUGUUGCUUCACAUUGUGCUUUAAUGUUGGCCUGUGGUAUGGGAAUUUAAUAUAUCUGGCUAACGUGUUGAUAAUUUUUUAAUGUUGUUUUUUUGCCUAUGAUUGUAUAUCCAAUCAUGUAAUUUCACUUAGGAGGUGUGUUAAUUGUUCAUAUCCUCUGAUGUGCACAUCAAUCAGUCUGAGGAGUAAUUGUUUGACAUUUCUUUAUUCAAACAACAUCCCCUCUGUGUCACCAAAGUAUCCACAGCUUGUAGAAAUGUGCGUACGACAGCCAUGAAGUUGGCGUGAGGCACCGCACAGCUCCACUUUGGCGUGAAAAAGGGCGUACGCCAGGUUUUUGUGCAUACAUGAGGCCCCUGGUGUUGAUGUUUUGUGUCUACAGACCAACAUCAGAUGAUGACACACAAGAAUCUCCCCAAGUUUUCUCAACCAUAAAUUCUGGCCCAAAGAUGUUGUUAUUAAAUUGUGUUCUUUUGACUCUUCAAAGACUAAUGGCCCUGAUGGGAUCUCAGCAACUGUACUUCAAAUGUGUGCUGGAGCUUGGUAGUUCCACUUCUUCAGCACUGGUUUUUUUGUUUUAACAAAUGUUUUCCCUUUAUGAUGGACUAUCUUUUUUUUUUUUUUUACCAAAAUCAUCGAACCCAUUUCCACAGGUUUGAUUUUCUUCCAUUUUAUGGACUUAUUUUGGUUUAUGUGACGUCACGUGAGUUCACUUCCUGUUGUAGGUAGACACGUCAUGUAUGGAUCUUCAUAUUUACCUUUACUGUAUAGUAGUUGUGUUUGAAUAUCUUGCUUUAUUGUCUGAACAUUAAUGAUAGUCUGACAACUACUGAAGAUAUUUUUGUCAUGACCACAUUUUGAAAAUGUAUAGAAUAGGUAUUACUUUGUUAUUGAAAUAAAUAUGAAGUUUAAAAAAAAACCAAACAUAUUUAUCACUCUUUUCUAAGAGAGCACAGCCUGUAGGUUCAAUGUGCACAAUUGAAAAUAUUAGUUGCUCAGACAAUAUUGUGUUUAUACAAGUUUAGAUUGGGUUAUGAGGUUUGUAAUGGGGAAAGACGUCAUUGUGUCUUGUUUUCAUGUUUGCAUUUAAGAUAGCUAGUGAUUAGUGGCGCUAUGGGCUUUAGCUGGUAGCUAGCAAUCAGCGCAGUAGCUUGCUUCUUAAGGAAAUGAGUAGUAUCACCAGUUUGAGUUUAUACAAGCGCAGUAAUCAAGCACGAUUGAUUGAUAAUUUCCUUUUGAAACGGUCAUAUUAUCGGAGGUUUUCAAGGAUUUAAGGAACUUUGUCACACCAGCAGAGUUCCUCGAGAGGUUGUCAAGAAGGACGGAAGCGUCGAAGGACGCACAAGUUUGCACAACUUUGCAGUGAUCACUUUGUUAAAGUUUUGUUUGAUAUAUUUUUAAUAUACUAGUAUUUCCCAUUGAAGUAUUAUCUUGAUUUUAGUUGUAUUUGAUUUUUUUAACAAACAGAAACUUUGUCAGGAAAUGUACUUGUACGACUCCACUUUUGUUUAUUUUGUACGCAAAUGUGUCAGCGUACAUA